GUUUCCAGCAUUCAUAAAACUAAAAGGUGACACUUUGAAAACAUUUUGUCUAAGCUCAUUCUAAUUUCCACGGGUAUUUAUUUUCAUGCACUUAUGUAUUCUUUCGCAUCGUAUGAGCCACAAGCAGAUGUCUUUCAUGAAGGCUGAUCCUUGGUCCAGUUUAACACGUCUGCCUUUUUGCUAGGCAUAAUUAAUUUGCCAACAAUGGAAUACAAUAGCAUACUAUUAAGUGUUAAAAGCGUUGAAAAUGAAAACAUCCAGCAGGUAAUUAAUGAUGCUUUAAUGCACAAAACACACAAGGUGUGCUCAGCGGUGGGAAACCCCCCCAAAUUCUCUUAGCCUAUUCAAACAGUUUUCUGUAAAGAAUUAUUGCGCAACUUCAGUGGAGAGAGCGAGGGCGGGAGAGAGAGUUGCGCUUAUUUUUUACAGGGCUUCGACAGUGUGACUCGUAUAGUAUGACAGCAGCUAAGGAUUACGCCGGAUGAACACAUGGUUUUCAUAUUUUUCUAAAGGAAAAAAAUUCUUAUCACUCGUGACCUCUUAUGGAAAUUGCAUGUUGCGUGACGAUAGCCUGAAGUUCAAAUGUACCUGACCAACUGCACAAAAAAAACGUGUUGUCGAGAGAGGUAGUUUAGCGUGACUCUGGCCGACACACCCGCAAACUGUUUUCACUGGCUCCUUGCUACAGUGGCAAGUGUGCAACACCAGUGAUUUCGACAGUCAGACCCAGAAGCAGGGGACGAGCACCAUAUUUUUUUUUCCUGCGUGGGAAAAACGAGCCCUGGCCUGCUUCUGAAUUUCUGACUUUCUUGGGAGUCGUGGGAUGACAGUUCCUGAGAGGAGUUUACUGGAUAUUGGCAACCGCGCAUACUAGGCACACUUUAUGCGGCAAGACAAACAAGAAGUACAAUUGCUCAACGUGUAAGCUAACUGAAAAACCUUAAGAGAGGAGGCAACUCACGAAAUGCAGGCAAAAUCUUCCUGUAACAGGAUGGCAGUGAGGAAUACUUUCAUCUUGAUCCUUUCUGGAUUUCUUAUAUGCCAACAGGUGGCAAAGUGCAAUCCAGGAUGCAUUAUUCAGGGUCAUGAUGCUUACUGCUCUGCUAAAUCUCUAACCCAGGUCCCAGUGUUGCCCCUGUAUAUAACCUAUGCGGAUCUUAGUCAGAACUUUAUCAGUGAAGUUCACCAAAAAUCCUUCAUUGGUCUUGAGGGCCUACAAAUGCUUAAUCUGGGAUUCCAGAAAGUGAGAGGACUUGUAAUCAAGAACAAUGCUUUCAGCAAACUGUACAAUUUGACAUACCUUCAUCUUGGGAGCAAUAUCCGUCUUCAUAUUGAGUCAGGUGCAUUUAAUGGAUUAUCUAAUCUUCAGUCCCUUGUUCUCCUUCGCUCUGGGCUGAAUGACUCCAUUCUGUCUGGUAAUUAUCUGCGACCCCUGGUCUCUCUUGAGUCACUUCAGCUCUUUGGGAAUGAUAUCCAUAAAAUACAACCUGCCCAGUUCUUUUUGAACUUCAGCAAAUUCCAUAUUCUUGACCUCUCACUUAACUGGGUCCCAAGUGUUUGUGAAACAGAUCUCUCAGGCUUUCAAGGCAAACACUUUAGCCUCUUAAAGUUGUCCUCUAUUCACUUGACUGAUAUGCGCCAUCCUGCUUUCAACUGGGUACAAUGUGGAAACCCCUUCAGGAACAUAUCUAUGGAGGUUCUAGAUUUAUCUCUUAAUGGCUUUAGCGCUGACAUGGCAAGACCAUUUUUCAAAGCUAUCAGUGGUACUAAAAUUCAGCACCUUAUUCUCAGAUCUAGUGCUAUGGGAAAAUCAUUUGGUUACAGUAAUUUGCCAGACCCUGACAAAUAUACAUUUCAAGGUCUCAGGGAGAGUAGUAUUAAGAGUUUGGAUCUGUCUAAAACUUUUAUUCUCAGUCUUCAGAGUUCAUUGUUCAGUGCAUUGGGAGAACUUGAAAUCCUUUCUUUGGCAGAGGGUAAAAUCAACAAAAUGGAAAGAAAUGCAUUUCUUGGAAUGACUAAUUUACUAAGUCUCAACCUGUCAUACAAUCUAUUAGGGGAAAUAUAUUCUGAAACAUUUGAAAAUCUGCCAAACCUUUUGGUACUUGAUUUGUCAUACAAUCACAUAGGAGUGAUGGCACCAGACUCCUUCUCUCAGCUCUCAAAUCUAGUUCGCCUAGACCUCAGAGGAAAUGCUCUAAGAUAUGCUGAUACAUUUACACUCCCAAACCUGAAAGUGGUCCGUUUGGAUGACAACAAAAUUACAACACUUAAUCUUCAUUCACACAUUACAAAUAAUAUCACGGUAAUUCAAUUAGAUUCUAACAGAUUAAGUAAUUUGCAAGAUCUGUAUGAGAUAUUAGCCACAUCUCCUGACGUUGAAGAAAUCUAUGUGGCAGACAAUCAUUUUUUAUGGUGUACCCACGAUGAAAAUAAUUUAGUGCUAACUUCAAACAAGUUAAAGGUCCUUGACAUGCGGAAGACAGGUUUGUCAAAUGUGUGGAUACAAGAAAAGUGUUUAAAUAUGUUUGGCAAUCUUAGCCAUGUAUUGUAUCUUUUUUUAAAUCAGAACGCACUGAAAUCGCUUCCAAAGGCCAUUUUUAAAGGCCUCAUUUCCUUGCAUUAUUUGGAUUUGUCCCUCAACUAUCUGACUUAUCUCCCUCCAGACAUAUUUCCUAAAAGUCUGAAAGCUGUUAAUUUGGCCCACAAUUCCCUUGGCUCACCCGAUCCAAAUAUCUUCACUACCCUCAGUCUGAUAGACCUUAGCAAUAAUCUUUUUAUUUGUGACUGCCACCUCAAAGAGUUCUUAAUGUGGAUGAAUGAUACAAAUGUAACAUUUUUCAGGCCAGUUAACGAGCUGACAUGUGAAUUUCCUGAGGCACUGCAUGGUGUUCCUCUAACAGAGUAUAACAUAGAAUCAUGCCAAGAGGACGAUGAUGCACUGUUUGAAAAACUGAGGGUCUUGCUCUGUGUCAUGUGUACAACACUCAUAACCCUCAUCACUUGCAGCACCAUUGCGUUCGUUCGUUUUCGUGGAUACUUCUUCAAGUUUUACAAAGAGGUGACUCUAAAAAUUGUUGCAGAUUCUCCAAAAACACCCACUGCUGAUGACUGCCCAUAUGAUGUUUAUAUCUGCUUCAAUUCCAGUGACUUUAAAUGGGUAGAAAGAGCGCUGCUGAAAAAGCUGGACUCUCAGUUUUCAGAGCAGAACCAUCUACGUUGUUGUAUCGAGGCUCGCGACUUCAUCCCCGGAGAGGAUCAUUUGUCUAACAUGCGCAAUGCCAUAUGGGGCAGCAAGAAGACUGUUUGUGUUGUGUCCAAAAAGUUUCUUAGAGAUGGUUGGUGCCUGGAAGCCUUCACCUUGGCCCAGUGCAGAAUGUUGUCUGAGCUUCGUGACAUCCUGGUGGUGAUUCUAGUGGGAAACUUGCCUCUUUUCAAACUGAUGAAGCAUGAUCAAAUCAGAAGCUACAUCAAAAAAAGAGAAUAUCUCCAGUGGCCAGAGGAUAGCCAGGAUGUUGAGUGGUUCUACAGCAAGCUCAUGCACAAGAUUAUUAAGAACACAAAGCUCAAAAAGACCAAACCUGAGACCACCAAAGUCAUUGAAUUAACUUACAUCAAUCAGCAGUCAAAACAAGAAUUGGAACACAACCCUGUUGCUUCAGUUUAAGCUUUUUAAGUAUAAUGUCAUUUUACUGUCAAAUGCUAAAAGUUACUGUAACACUUCAAUAAGCUUGAAUCAACAUAACUCUAACAACCAGUUUUUAAAUGUAAACACCAAGGAUAAAAAAACAUCAUUUAUUUGUUCAAAAGGUAUGGUGCAAAUGUUUUGUUGGGUCUUUCCACUUAGUUUUGCACUUGAAUUGUCUUAACUGAAUAAUAAAAAGACUUCC